AUGAAUUUACGAUAUCAGGAAACGUUUUGUAUCAUAUUUUUACUAUGCACCAGUAUUACCCUCGGAGAAGACUUUGACUUUGUGUCGGAGGCGAACGAUGAUGUGGAGCCGAUAUCAGCGGAACCGCUGAAUGUAGAUAGCCAAGCAAAAAUUAAUAAUCCAAAGGCCGGUUUCGGUUCUCUGCCGACCACAAGCACGAUUCAACUUUCCCUGAUUCUACGGUCCAAGAGCUGGAAGCAUGUCCAGACCAGCCUGAAGCAACGCACAAUCAGCAAGCUGGCUGAAUAUUUCCUAGUCCCUGAGGAUUCUUUCAUUGUUGAAGAUGUGAACAGCCACGAUCGGCACACGAUGCUGGAGAACGCCCUGAAGUACGAGAAGAAACCUCCGCUGGCGGGUAAAUCGCUAGGAUUGAUUGGAUUUCCGAUUGAACACGGCGAGAAAAUGUCACGGAGCGCUUGGCAAAAGGUACGCAAUAUCAACAAACAGCUGGCCGAAAUUCGUGACAUCACCGGUAUGGACUUUGGCUGGUGGAUCAUUUGGAAAUCAGGCCCAACGGAGGAAUGGUCAGCAGAUGGGCAGAAGAAUUUGGCCAGACAGAAGCGUGAAGUAGAGCUAGAUGACGAUUACACCUACGACUACGACGACGAUGAUGUUGCAGAUGAUGAUGAAGGAGAAACUACGGAAGUUCCUCAUGCUCGCCGACACCAUCACGGUUCCAGUGAGUACAGCACCAAGAGUGUCCACAGCUCACCAACUCACGCCACUACUAACAAGCAUACUAACAAUGAUGGGCAUGAUGGGUCGGAAAAGCAUCAUCAUCAUCAUCAUCAGCAACAUCAGCAACAACAACAUCAUACCCAUCACACCAACGAUGGGAAGGUGGUAAUGGAGCACGGUGGUGGCCGUGGUGGAACGUCGGAGCACCGGAAGUCACCGGUAAUGGUAUCGGUGACAUCACCCGCCACGACACAAACGUCACCGAAACGCAAACACACCCACGGCCUGUACGAUCAGGUGAAGGAACGUUCGGCAAAGAAGCAGGCAGCGGCGGCAGCAGCAGCAGCACACACCCACAACCAUCAACCACCGGAGCAAAGCGCAAACCCAGCAACGGAAGCAACCCAGGCCGGUGGCGGUAGCUUUGCGACACCGCCCGAUUUGCGCGAAAGCGUGUCCCAGCUCGAGUCCACCAUCAGCAAAACGAUCGCCAACAACGAACAGCUCAAAAAGGACGAAGAAACGCUGCUCGCCCGCAAAUCAAAGCACAAGCGGAUCGAUAUUGAGCGCAUUGUCGAAACGGAACUGCUGCUGCCGGAAAUCGAACGGCUGCAGGACGAAGUGUUUCGGGACGAUUACGUGAUUGAGGAUGUGGUGCGGGGGUCAAAGUUUUACGAUGCCAGCACCGAGCCGCAGCUGGACGGUGUGGGUAAAUUCGUACCGCUCGAGCCACAAGUGGAUGCCGGAAAGCAGUUAACCUCAACCUCAGCUGCCAGCGUGAACAGAGCGACCGUGAGGGUAACCACCGUAAAGCCGGUCGCCGCCGUGACGGUGAGGGACGUGACGACUGCAUCCCCAAUCACCACUACCUCAAAGAGCGUUCCGGCUCUUACCACCACAACGACUGAAGGAACGACGCAAGAAGCUUUCUUAACGUCCACCGUACCGAGGCGACAGCCAAAUGAAGCUGCACAAUCGUACCUUACCACAAAGCUUCCACAUCCGGCUAUCACACCGGUGGUCAGCUCGAUUGAUGCCGACGAGGAUGCACCGUCCCGAUCGGAUACGACGACCACCGCGAUCGGCACGACAACUGUGGCCCCCGUUCCAGCCCGCAAACCUCCCGGUCCUACCGUAACGUCUUCUAUUUUUCCAAGAAACGAAGAACAACCGGUAACAAAGUCGAGUCCAACGAUGGCAAUUGCAACCACACCAGUGUUCACUGGAACUAAAAUGGUUGCAACGGAUUCUGUGGAUUUGCCAACGCUUCCAGUGACCACCAUCACGGCCUCCACCACCACCACCACAACCACCAUCACCGAGGGAACAACGAACUCGGUGGCAUCUUCCGCUUCGGCUACUAACACUCGCUCCACUAACAUUGUCGCUUCCGUCCCAUUGGUGAAGAGCGAUGAUGAAGCCACAACCAGAAAAACGGCGGUGGUCGACGUGACCGUGAAGACUUUAACCACGCCAACAGCAACUACUGUUGCACCGAUCGAAUAUCCACCACCGUCCACGACAACCGCAUCAUCACCAGCAAUCACUUCAACACUGGCCAGCUUGCCGAGCGUGGAAAUGGACGUGGACGAGGACAGUUUCGAAGCGCAGCACCAGUACGUCGAUGAAGUGGACGCAAAGUCAUCGACAUUUGUAAGUCCCGAGUUGCCACCCAGCACCACGACUGGUAGCAGCUUCGCUGGUGAGGAUGUUGGUUCACGAUUCGUUGCAUAUACGAUCACCACGAUCAGCAACGUGCCGUUGACAACGGCGAGACAGCAGCAGGACGCAAAUCGCUACGAGCCACACAACCGCCGUCCGUUCGGCAGGAAGAUGGACGAAGAGUACAACAGCGAGGACGAGGAAGAGCACGAGGAGGAAGAAGACAUCGAGGAGGACGAGGAGGACUACUUUACGCAAGGGCCAACUACGACGCAACGUUCCGUGUCAACCGUUACCAAGCCGACCCUGGGUAAUGCGGAGGCGGAGAAAGAAAUCGAGUACGAAAACUAUGACGAUGAGUACGACGAUGAGGAGGAAGAGGGAGUUGUGGAAAUUACCACCAUCAGUGCACAGAGUGUUCCACGGGCAUCGGUCACUACGACCACGACUGAGCAAACCGCACCAUCGUCUACUGAGCCAAGUACUACACCAACAACGGUAGCAUUAACCACCACAACGACUUCAACAACCACAACCACCACCACAACUACAACGGAGGCACCAACAACAACGCCUUCGACAACCACCACCACGACGACCACAACCGAGACUCCGAUGACGACCUCCACGAUGCUAACGACGGAGUUGGACGAACCGACCAAUCUACCACCGACUAUCCGGAACCGUAUUCCCAAGCAAGCCAUUCCCGCGGGCAAGGUGUUCCGCUAUCCGGUCUCGCUGGAAACGUUCUACGACAACGAGGACGGUAACAAUCUACGACUAGAACUGCUAGAUGCCCGAGAUCAACCGCUCAAACCUAACUCUUGGAUCCAGUUCAACGAAGACACGAAAGAGAUCUAUGGGCUUCCCCUGGAAAAAGAUGUAUCCCGAUGGUCGUACAAGCUGCGUGCUACCGACUCGGGCAACCUGACCGUCACGGAAAAGGUUGACCUACAGGUACAACAGCACAAAUCGCACCGCAGCCUAAACCACGAGAUCAGUCUCGCGUUACGUCUAAAUCGAAAAUUCGCCAGCAAUGUCGACUGGCACAUCGAGACGGCACGGGGCAUCGCUGUCGUGCUGGGUGAUGUAACGCCUUCGAACAUUAUUGUGCGGGACAUUCGUAACAGCAUCCAGGACCCGAGCUUGGCCACGUUUGUGUACACAAACGAGACGCUACCGAAGGAUCGCUGCCCGGAAGAGAAAUUGGAUGAGCUGGUAGCACUACUCACCGAACAAGCGCUCAAUGAUGCACUCAACCCGGACAUCACGGUCAAGUCGGUACAGGGUCAACAGAUUGCGCAGUGCACCAAGCCCACCAUUCCGAAGGCGAAACCGACGCAAAGCAUCUCGCGCAACUUUGCACCCCAAACACGCAACCAAGUCGAUCAGGUGAACGCCACCGUAGGACAUCUGCUCGUUUUCAAAGUGCCGGCGGACACCUUCUACGAUCCAGAAGAUGGUAGCGACCUGAAAAUGAAGCUCCUAACGACGGAACGGCACGCACUUGAUUCCUACCACUGGCUACAGUUUGACUCGAAGAACCAAGAAUUUUAUGGUGUCCCAAGAAACACUGACAUCGGCCGUAAGGAAUAUCUUCUGAUGGCCGAAGAUCGCGAAGGUUUGACUGCGACUGAUGCACUGGUGGUGGUGGUCAAUUCACACCACAAACGUGACUAUAGCGUUCUUUUUGAGCUGACGCUCGACAUUACCCAGGAGCAGUUCAUAACGGCACAGGUACAGCGACGCUUUAUUGAGCGCUUGGCCCAAGUUUUCGGUGACGCUUCCACGCACUACAUCAAGGUGCACACCAUCCGACCCAUCCAUCACACCGGUCAGGUGCAAGUUUCCUUCUUCAACACGACACUGAACCGACAGCAACCGAGAUGCCCCCAGGAGGAGAUUGAAGCGUUGCGCAACAUCCUACUCCACCAGGACAGCACAAUCCGGGCGAAGGUGCGUGAGAUUCUUGGGCAAGAGUUUAGCCUGCAGAAUGUGAGCCUGGUGCCGCUGGAUAACUGCCACGGGUUUGACACACCGCACCACGCAACGAGUGAACCGGAGAAGGCGGCCCCGAAACCGAUCUCAAAGGAUGACUACUUGCUCACGUUCGUGCUACCGUCGGUUAUCAUCAUGGUGAUGCUGCUGAUCGCGGCCAUCAUUGCCUGCAUCCUGUACAAGCGUCGGCUCACCGGCAAAAUGGAACUCGAAUAUAUCAAUUUCAAACCUAUCGCCUCCUCCUCGUCCAAUCCACAAGGUACCGACGAAGAGCGAAAAUCGUUCCGCUCGAAGGGCAUCCCGGUAAUCUUCCAGGACGAGCUGGACGAGAAGCCAGAGAUCGGUAACAAAUCGCCAGUAAUACUGAAGGAUGAAAAGCCACCGCUACUGCCACCUUCUUACAGCAGCACCAACAAUGACGGUGAAAAUGAAGAUGUGGACGAGUACGUACCUCCCCAACCGGUCAUUGUUGGUGGUCGCGAGUCGCGCGGCAAAUCACCGGUCACACCUUCCUACCGGCGGCCACCACCGUACGUGUCACCAUAGGCCAGGCGUCCUCCCCGCAACGGUGACAGCAAUUAGUUGGGCAUCUCGUUUCCACUAUGUUCCGCUUAAUUUUAACUUACCUCUUCUGACACGUUUUAUGUUUUAUCAACUUUCUGACUAUCUCACUUCGAUUUACCAUUUACCAAACACCAAAAAACAAAAACACCGACACAAAAGUAAUUACAAUCAUCUCGUGACGGAUGUGGGAAGAUGUGAGUAGUACACACACAUCGACUAGGGGCAGUUAAGGGUAGCAUACGAUGUUCGAGCAUAUGAAUAUGAUAAGAGAUCGAGUAGAGUUGUCUUAAUAACCAUGAAAGCAGGUGGGUGAUACAAGACGAAAUUAAAACAAAAGAGCAUAAACGAUUUUCGUUAGGGAUCUAUAACGAUGCGAUGUACUAAGACUACUACCAGCUCUCGUUUGAAGUAGUUGUAUUAUUAGUACAGAAAAUGUAGGUUUUUUUUGUGUGAUUGUGUCAGUAAACUUGCAAUAGCACAAGGUUUUGUUGUUCAAUACCUUGUUUUUUUUUUUGGUCUAUUGGUUUGCUAAUUUACCAUGGUGUACCUUUCGCAAAAGGACACUCAUCUCCGACCAACUCAAACCCUUUUGCAACAUGUUUGCUUUCGCCUAACAGUUCCCCACACUGGAAAACGGGCGUUUGAAUGAGAAUAAGAACGAAAAACUAAACUCUACUCAAGUUUACACGCGUACACCGCGGAUGUUGGCGUGCGAAGAAUAGAAGAAGACGAGCGAAAGAAACAGGUAAACCAUAAGGGAAACGCAGGGAUUAUGUGGUGUGACGAGAGCGAAGCAAAACCGUUUGAUAAUCGUAAAUAGUCCCUCGGCUGAUUGACGAUGGAGGGGGGGAAAGGGAAUGAUAGUUUGUAAGCAAAUGUAACAAAACAAACAAAUGGAAUCAAUUUAUAGUCAUUUACAGAGAGCGUUUCAGUAGUAAAGCUUAGGUACGUGUAGUAGUGUUAAAAUGUUGGCUUAAGUUCGUGUAAGCCCGUCCGUUUUAGCAACACUCGUGUUUUUUUUCCUUUUUCGUUGCAUACAGCAGCCCACGUUCAGGUGGGACAUCCCGAUAGUGAUAGUGCAUGGAUCCUUUUUUCUUUCUUUGGUUAUGGGUGUUGCAAACCGGCACACGUAUCCGUUCCGAGGAAAGGGGGGCGAUCAAUCCUUUUUAUUUUCCGAAAAGGGUUCGAUUCCCCCCGCCUGAAACAGCAUUUCAUCUUUGAGCUUGAUCUGCGACGGAAAUUGGAUUGGAAUUCUUGAUUGUAUGCUAGCGUUUAUCUGUGGUUCCUUUAUCACUACCUUUCAAGAAUAUAAGCAAACAUUAACGACGGUCCCUUUGCAGUGCUGCACCGGACUGCUAACGCACAAUCAUUCACGACAGGGUUUGGGGCAUAGCAAAAGCUGUUGUUGUUGGUGCAAAGACUGGCGUUCACAAAACAAAGAGAUAAACCACAAACAUACGACCAUCAUGCAUGCAUGCACCGAAGCAACACCAUCCCGUAAGGACACAAAUUGUAAUGAGCUUAAAAUCGGGAUUUGAUCAGUCCCUUCGAACUCUGGAUGUUGUUGAAUGCAAUACUGCCCAAAAAUUAAUAAAUCCGCUACAUAAGCAUAUGUUGCCGUUUUGCCGCAAUGCAGCAUUGUACUCGCCAGGCGUCUCUGAUUAAUCGCUCCGUUGCCAUAAAUGCUUAACACUUUAAGAGAUUUCCAACCACUAGCAUGGGCCAUAGCCGUUAACGACGCAGAGCCACACGAAUGGAUGCAUGAUCUCAACGCUUUUGGAUGUGAGGCCAGGUUCAUAACAGUCUACAUACUAGCUAGUGUAUCCACGAUCAGCUGCAGAGACGAUCCAUUAUGUUAUGUCAACAAGUCGACCGCUUGAAACGCUUUCCUUUCACAGUGCGCUCCAACACUCCAAUUGAUAGACCAGUAACCGUGAGAUAGAAGGAAACAGUAAACCUCUGCCGGAAGAUAACCGAACGUAUAAUUUUCACUGCGGUAUCAAACCGAUCUAUAUACAAAAACUCUAUCCCCUUUUUAGAAGCCGACUUUUUGAUAAGCACUCCUUUCCGCAAUUUACACUUGCGACGCGUGCAAGUCACGCGCAUGUCAGUCAGUUUUGUUUUUUGACUAUCAAACCAGACAAACAAAGUGGCCGACCUGGUAAAUCACACUAAUAUGCCUAGUUCAAUUUAACCGGAAUGUAAAGUAAUACACCCUCCCCCCGUUCGAUAGUGUACUCAGAGAGAGAUCAUAAGGAUAUCAUUAUCAUCACGCGUUCGCCCAUAUGCAUUCGCGCACCGGACACACACAGACACACCAUGUUAUAGCAAAAUUUACACCCCUAGCUAAACUGCAAAAGGAAAAUUAAAUUAACAAGUGUUACAAAAAGCAAGUGUCACCAUAGUGACGAAUGGGGCGGCAGAAGAAAAUAAAACUUCAGAACUAAAUUGACUGACAGGUUUGAAAAAAAACGGCAGUAGGCUGGUGGCCAGAGAAGCAGCACAAGAAAGAAAGCAAAGAACGUUAGCAAAACAAAGGGCCACUGUGGAAAACCGAACGAAGCUAGUGCACGGGAAAACCCAACCGCAGAUUGCAGGCACUUCAACCGGGAUCGUAUGCGUGAAGACGUAAAGCGCCAUAAAAUGAUAGCAAGAAGCAUGUGAGUGAUGUGAAAAAAAGAAAUAGAAAAAACCUAGUUUAAGGGGAUACGAACGUAAGCAGGGGCGAAAAGAAGAAAAUUAAGUACUAUACAUAAAAGUAUAUAUAUAUAUAUACAAUUAAAACUAUAUUUAAUUGAAUGCAUUACGCGCACCGGGAGCGAAGGGACGAAGUCUUUAAGUUGGUGCCGUGUGUUACACCACACAACACACCCAUCCACCCAGCUCGCCCACACAACACACACCUACAAGAGAGACGUGUAUAGAGGAGGUCUACUACUCCUGCUAUGGGGAGUGGGAACCGAAAAACAUAGACACACACACAUUGCGACACUUAAUUCUAAAUUCGACGUUUGACCGAGAUGCGACGGGUUUAGAGAAAUGCAAAGAGAUAAAACAGCGAGUUAAGAAGCUACGAGCGAAGAGAGAAGGAAAAACCGAUAACCAAAAUGUACAUUUUUUAAUAAAAACAAAACUUACUAAA